AUGCUGAAGUUACUACAGUGGAAAGUCUUCAACUUCUUCGACGUCUCGCAGGUGAAACCGCCCGACAGCGGAGGGAGCUCUACAAUCUUCGAGAGUAAUGAAUUAAGCUCAAUAUGUUCUGGGUCAGACAACUUGUUCAUUGGCAGCGGUGAUGGGUACAUUCGCAUACUCUCCUCAGCUUUCAAGCUUCUACGGUCAUGGAAAGCGCACGACUCAGGAUCAAUAACCCAGUUGAAGCAGCUGGAGGAUACCGCAUUGAUCGUAUCGAUCUCAGAAGAUCUCUCAAAUGAACCGAUUUCAGCCUUUGCGACCCUCGAUAACCUCUCCCAACUGGCGGUCGGGUUUGCUAACGGGGCUGUCACUGUUAUUCGAGGUGACUUAAUCAAUGAUCGGGGAGCGAAGCAAAGGACUGUUUUCGAAUCUGAAGAGCCGAUCACUGGAGUCGAAUUUCGGGAAGGCCCGAGCACGACGCUUUAUCUAGCGACGACCGGCCGAAUAUUGACCCUAACAAUCACUGGUAGGGGGCAGGGCCAGCCAGCAAAAGUCUUGGAAGAUGCUGGAUGCGGCGUCGGUUGCAUGACGCUCGAUGAGAAUAAUGGUGAGAUUAUUGUUGUGCGAGAUGAUGCGAUACGUUACUAUGGGGUCGGAGGCCGUGGGCCAUCUUAUGCUUAUGAAGGGCCGAAACAGAUGGUUAAGAUGUAUAAGGACUACAUAGCAAUAGUCUCAUCCCCAAGAUCGACGAAAACGAGUGACCUACGAAGAUUUGGCGGUGGACCAGUGAACGAUGUCUACACCACCUCAGCAUUCGCUCUGCUUGACACCGAUCUCAAGUACAUGGCGCAUACCCAGACGAUAACUGCACAAAUUCGGAACAUUUUUAGCGAGUGGGGUGAUCUUUUCAUUCUGACUAUGGAUGGGAAGCUUUUUCGAUAUCACGAGAAGACUUUGCAACAAAAGCUUGAAAUUUUCUACCAACGUGAUCUUUACAUCCUCGCAAUCAAUUUCGCGCAAAAGGCAGGUGUCGCUACUGCUCAGCGUAAUAUCAUUCUCCGCAAAUAUGGUGACUAUCUCCACAAAAAGGGCGAUUACGAUACGGCUAUGCAACAGUACCUAAAGGCUAUCGAUAACACGGAGCCGUCACAAGUCAUUCGAAAAUUUCUAGACUCUCAGAGAAUAAACAACCUGAUCGAGUACUUGGAAGAAUUACAUGAACAUGACAAAGCUACAAUAGACCAUACUACUCUUCUCUUGAAUUGCUAUGCUAAGCUGAAGGAUACUGAUAAGCUCGAGGCAUUUAUCGAGUCUGGAACAAAUUUCGAUCUUGAGACUGCUAUUAGCAUGUGCCGACAAGGUGGUUACUACAAUCAAGCUGUCUUUUUGGCAAAGAAGAAUCAGGAGCACGAGCUUGUGAUUGAUGUACUCAUUGAAAAUUCAAAGCAGUAUGACGAGGCGAUUGACUAUAUAUGGAGUCUAGAUCCCGAGCAUGCUUACCCGAAUAUGAUGAGAUACGCCCGGGUGCUUAUCGAGCAUUGCUCAGAAAAGGCUACUCAACUUUUCAUUGACUAUUAUACAGGCAACUAUCUGCCCAAGAAAGAACUCCCUCCGGUCGAUACGCCCACCAUCGUAGUCAACAACCCAGGUGCGGUCUCCAACCUUGCUUCAUUUAUACCCUUACCGUAUAGGCAACCCCCCAAUUCCGCCGGUACGCCUGCAUCAGCAGGUCAAGCUUCACUAUCAGAAACUGAUCUGGGUGCUACCAAGAGCACAGAGCCAUCCAAAGCUUACGAAACGCCAAGACCGCGGACAGCGUUUUCAUCUUUUGUUGAUCAUCCUGAACAUUUCAUCACGUUUCUCGAGGCAUGCCUAGAGCAAGAACACCUGCGAGAGAGUGACAAGACCGACCUUUACACCACGUUGUUCGAAUUAUAUCUAGAGAUUGCAAGCUCCAAGAAGGGAGAUGAGAAAGGAAUAUGGGAGCAGAAAGCGAAACGUUUGAUUGAAGAGAAAGGUGUCCCUAUUAAUGCUUCCAAUGUUUUGCUGCUUUCCCACCUAUCGGCUUUCAAGGAUGGCACAACUAUGGUCAAGGAACAACAAGGACUUCUCUUUGACGUUUUCCGCUCUUAUACGUCAGCGAAUGAUACUGCAGGGGCGAUCAAGGCACUCAGGAAGUAUGGAGCAAAGGAGCCGCAGCUUUAUCCUGCCGCAUUGGCAUACUUUACGUCGAGCUCUGAGGCAUUACAGGAAGCUGGUGAUGAGCUACAGGCCGUAUUGAAGAAAAUCGACGAUGAUGGAUUGAUGGCGCCUUUGCAAGUCAUACAGACGCUCAGCACCAACGCUGUUGCUACGAUGGGCCUCGUCAAGCAAUACUUAAGCGUCACGAUUGACAAGGAAAGGAGAGAAAUUUCCAACAACCGGCGGCUCAUAGAAAGCUACCGUACUGAGACAGAAUCGAAGCGCAAAGAACUGGAUGAUCUUGGCAACAAGCCAGCAGUCUUCCAAUCACGACGAUGCGCAGCAUGUGGCCGAAGUCUCGAUCUGCCAACGGUACACUUCCUUUGCAAGCAUUCGUUUCAUCAGAAUUGCUUAAAUGAGGUAGACGGGCAGGAAGCCGAAUGCCCAAGUUGUGCUGGUGCGAACAAUAACAUUAGGGCAUUCAGAAAUGCGCAGAUAGAGUCUGCAGAUAGGCACGACAUGUUCCAAGACGCCUUGAAACGGAGUAAGGAUAAAUUUGGGACAAUCAGCGAAUUCUUUGGACGAGGCGUGAUGACUGCGCCGGCCCUUGAAUGA